AUGGCUAUACAUGUUACGCUUGCGGGUAUGGUUGUUGCCGUCGCGGUUGCGGGAAGGAUGAUGGAUUGGACCACUGUGACCGUCACAGUGGAGGCUAGGAUUGCUGGGUUGGAGGCCGAGGUUGAUCGAGAAGUGGGAGUGGAGGUAGACACGCUCGUUGUACGACUAGACGAAGAACUUUUCGCGGUAGUGAAGCUCGUGGAGGAAGUCUUCGAUGCAGUGGUAGCCGCGUUGAUGCAAGAACAAGCGCUGAGGAUCUUCGAGGACGAGGAUUUGCAACCCGAGUUGAUCGCGGAAGGAGUUGAGAUUGCCAUAUUCGUUGCAUAUGUGCUGCAGAAGGAAGAUGCCUGA